GAGAGAGAAAGAGGGAGGGGUAGGAAAACAGUAAUAGAGGCAGAAAGAAGAAAAGACACAAAACUUGUGACUUGACAAAAGAGGGCAGGUACCAGAGGCAGGACGAUGAAGGCUGGCACGGGACUCCUCUCUGCACUGGCCCUGUUCCUCCUGAUGGGGGUGGUCUUCACUCAGAGAGCUCGGCCAAAGAAGCCCACCAAGCGCCCAGCUACAACCCGCAGGCCCCCUGUCUCCCAGCCUGAGCCCGUGGAGCCUACAGACUUCCCUCCACCCAUCCUGGGGCCGCCUUCCAUCUUCCCCGACUGCCCCAGGGAGUGCUUUUGCUCCCCGAGCUACCCCAACUCCCUCAACUGUGAGAACCGCAACAUCCGCAACAUCCCUGUCAUCCCAUUCAGAACUCACUACCUGUACCUGCAGAACAACUACAUCUCUGAGGUGACGGCAGAGCCUUUCCUCAACGCCACCGAGGUCCGCUGGGUCAAUCUGGCAAACAACCGCAUCCACCGGAUAGACAAGCAGGUAUUUAAUAAGGUCCCAGCGCUGCUGUAUCUCUACGUGCAGCAAAAUCAGCUGAAGGAAGUUCCUUCAGGUCUCCCAACGAGUCUUGAACAGAUUCGCCUCGGUAGGAAUCGCAUUUCUAAGAUCCCUUCUGGAGCCUUCAGUAACAUGGGAAACCUGACGCUGCUGGACCUGUACUACAACCAGAUAAGCGACAGUGACCUGGGAAAGAACACAUUCAAGGACCUGAAGAGCCUCAUGCAGCUCAACUUGGCCCACAACAACCUGAAGAAGAUGCCUGCCGGCGUGCCGGGCAGCGUCAUACAGCUAUUCCUGGAUAAGAACCGCAUAGAUGACAUUCCAAAAAAUUACUUUGAAGGCCUCGUUCACCUGGCAUUCGUGAGGCUGAACUACAACCAGCUGAAUGAUAAGGGAGUUCCCAAAGGUGUGUUUAAUGUGUCCACGCUGCUGGACCUGCAACUGUCCCACAACCAGCUCACCACGGUUCCUGUCAUCAACGGUCAUCUGGAGCACCUGCACCUCAACCACAACAGCAUCGAGAGUAUUAAUGGCACCCAGAUCUGUCCAUUCAACCUGCAGGCUGACAUGAGCGACCAGAAUCUGCUGCCAAGACUAAGGUAUCUGCGCUUGGAUGGAAAUCACCUGAGUCCUCCCAUCCCUCUGGAUGUCAUCAUGUGCUUCAGACACCUUCACUCCAUUGUCAUUUAGGAGAAUCCUUCCUGGACGCCCCAGGGCCUGCAUGCACGUACAAACCACAAAAGCACACGUAGACACAGAAAAGCAAAAACUCCGCCACAGUGUAAAAAGUACAUUGAAGACAACAAAUGUUCAGUGAUGCAGGCUUGAUGCAGCUGAGGAAGCUACAUAACCAGAAGAGGUAUGCGGUAAAAGCUGAUGAAAGGUUUCACUGUUUCUGGAUUCAAUCACACGUUGAACUGCAAACCUGCUGCAAGCGGAUCUGCCAACAUGCAGAGUUGAUUUUUUUUUUUUUUUUUAUAGGUGUUACAGUUUAUCAGCCAUUAAUUGUUUACAAUAUUACAAUGCAAUGAAAAAAAGAAGAAAAAAAAAAGAACGAGCAAAGCUUGAAAAUACAGAAACAUUGACGGACAAGCUGCAAACACUGAGGGUUAUGUCGACUCUCACAGACGAUCAGAGUGGACCGUCCACCGGUGAAAACACACACAACUCCAGUGGAAGUCAAAGAAAUCACUUUAACACAUAGCUACCAUGUAGUUAUGACUGUCCUGAAUGUGCCUGUGAUUUUCAAGGUACUCCGUGU